GCAUUCAAGUAUGAGAUUCAAUGCAACAGCCUGUAGUGGGUACCAAAUCUGAAUGGCAGGGAAAAUAACCAACCCGAAUCCUAUGACCUUCCCAUCGAUUCCAACCGAUCCAUGGACUCGGAGGACAAGGAAAUCGAGACCGUCGUAUAAUAGCCUUCCGGUCUUCUCUCCAUACAGCCCCCCAGCCCGAGUCCACCAAGAUAUGUAACGACAACGAUACACAGAAAGAUAACGACGAUACACAGAAAGAAAACGACAAGAAAAAGUACUGCGCCAUACUUACAUCUCAUAUUUCGGAUGCGAGGAAUCGAACCCCGAGCUGCGGCGGACCUUAGGCACUCAGGAACUUAGGAACUCAACAGAUUAAUAGGGAGAUGAGAGGCGGCAAUGUUAGUCGUUACAUCAUAUCCGAUUGUAGGAUCCAUAUGUAGUAGUAUUCGUGAAGGACAAGGAAUUCGAAGGAAGAACGGAACGAGGGCACGUAUGCAGCAGCACUGGCGAGAACGGCUUUCAGAUCUCGUCGUCCACGGUGCAGGACUUUCAUCAGUGCCAUCGGACGCCCUGAACGUUAAGCUUAGGAUGCCCACCGUCGUCGUCGAUACGAUCGACGAGUUCGAAAGAUUUGAACAGCUACUACCAAUUUGGUAAUCAAUGGCACGGAAGCAAACCCGGUCGGCGUUCAAAACGGUCAAAACGUUCGACGUUCAAAUUUUUUGAUGGCAAGUCAAAGUCAGAGGAUUUUGGCAGACGUUGACAGUAGUGGUGAUCACGUCGGUCGGCAAAAGUAAAAAGAAGAAAAAAGCGGCGACGGCUAGUUAUAGGCGUGGUGUGGCGUGGCGUCAGUGGACUCCUCGGAGGAUUCAGACGAUG